AGUACAAACCGGAGCUUAUUAAUGUAUAACAGUUUGUGAAUAGGCGGAAUCCUGCCCUAUAGCGCGCAGUCCCGUCCCAACACACCCCCGCCGAGCCUCUCCCGCAGCACGCAUGCGCGUCGUUGACAGCCAGACCGUGCCAACACGUCCUGAUUAUUUCCCUGCCUUUUACCCAACUCACGUCUCAAACUAAACAUGCGACUCAGAACCACAUGAGUCACGAUGGUGGCUAGCAUCGGUCCUAUCAAUCCGACAAAUGUGGAAGCGACGGCGUAUAUAAGUGCCGUAGCAGCGUUCGCCGCUGUUGUGCUGGUGGUGCUGCUGUUUCUGGGGAGACGGUGGUGCCACGGAGCGGUUUUCGCGAGGAAGGGCUGCCACGGGGUCCUCACUGUCAACGCGGGACCCGACGCGCCCUGCCUCACUCUCGACAAUGCUCACGAUACUUUGUCGAAACCGAUCCAUUAUCCCGACCGAAUAUUCGCGUUCGAGGCUUCCGACGACGACGAAGAGCAGCGCUUGCGCAUACAGCAGGAUAAAGAAGAAGUGGGAUGCCACUACGAAGAGAAGAACGAAAACGCAGCACCAAUAAAAGCAGGAGUGGAGGUGGAGCUGGUCGAGACGGCGCUACGGGAGAGCACCCUGCGAGAGACAAGGAUAGACGAUGUGGUGCCGCGGAGGGCCGAGUACAUCCACACGCUUGAGGCUCAGAGCAGCGUGGACAGUGACGUCAUCGUCCAUAAUGACACGUCGCUCCUCUGCGGGGAGAGCAGCAGCCAAGAGCGCGGCUCCGUGGAACUGACCCUGCUGUAUGAUGCUCCGGUCCGCAGCAUGACCGUGCACGUGCUGCAAGCGCGCGCAUUGCCGCAGCGCACGCCGCAACCGCUGCUGCAGAGUCAGGUUCGAGUAGUCCUUCUACCAUUGAAGAGGCAAAAGUUCAAAUCGAAGAUACGAAAUGGUGAAAAUCCUCAAUAUAUGGAAAGCUUCGUUCUCCACAAAAUUAAUCCAGAGGACGUGUACGGUUUAGGACUUCGAAUCCGCAUCUACGGCUGCGAGCGCAUGCGGCGGCAGCGCCUCUUGGGCGAGGCGGCCGUGUCCUUCGCGACACUUAACCUUGAGCUGGAGAACAGCCUGUGGCUGCAGCUGGCGCCGCGGCAGCAGCCUAGUCUUCAGCUUCCGAAGCUAGAACUGAACCACUCCAUGUCCAUGUCGGGCGUAUUGGCGUCUCCAUCGUCCAUCACGACGACCACGCCGACGGGUGGCGGUGAGGCCUGCAGCCUGGCUCGCUCGGACUCUGCGUCUUCAUGCUGCAGCGCGCGCUCCGCUCCUGAACUGCUGCUUGGACUCCAGUACAGUUCUAUCACGGGACAUUUGUCUGUAGAGGUGAUAAAAGGCACGCACUUCCGUAAGCUGUCCCCCAACAAGGCUCCGGACACGUACGUGAAGCUGAGCCUCAUCAGCUCGCUGGGCAUGGAGAUGGGUCGCUGCAAGUCCACCACGCGCCGUGCGCAGUCCAACCCGCUCUACAAGGAGCUCUUCAUCUUCCAGGUGGCCCUGUUCCAACUAACCGAGGUGACCCUGAUGGUAUCUGUGUGGUGGCGACGCAGCGUGAAACGGAACGAGAUGGUGGGCUGGUUCUCGCUAGGGCACAGCCCCUCGGGCCGUGACGAGGAGCGCCAUUGGCAAGAGCUAUGCGAGGGACACGGGGAACAAGUUCAACGCUGGCAUGUGUUGCUGGAGUCCUGACGUUCACCGACCUAGCGCGCCGACGCGCCGGCUUGAGAACUGACUUCACCAGGGCCUCGCCCCUGACUCGGCCUCGCCGACUCGAGUGGACUCGCCCCGCGGCCUCCGGCCUGGACCCCACUCGC